AUGCUGAACUCUGCUCCGUCCCGGGGGCUGAGCGUCGUGGGAUUUGCAGAGGCCGAACGAUCCAUGACGGAGCAGCUGUUGAAUGGGGAAGGCGAGCUCGCAGUCAUAUCCGUGGUGGGAAUGGGAGGAACAGGGAAGACUACCAUCGCAAAGAAGAUAUACAGAAGCGAGGCAGUCAAACAUCAUUUUGAUUACAGAGCUUGGGUCACUGUUAGCCAGAAAUUCACACCCACUGAACUUCUGCGGAGCACUCUAAGGAGCAUCCUAGACUGCAUCCCGGAGACGUGGAUAGAGAAGCUGGCGAUCAAAAACUUGACAGACAUGCAGCUGGUGGAGACGCUAAGAACCUGCCUGGAGAAUGCGAGGUACCUGGUGGUCAUCGACAAUAUCUGGGAGAAAGGGACCUGGGGUCUCAUAAAUUCCGCCCUGCUGGGCUCCCCCGGGAGCAGGGUGAUCAUCACCACCCGCAUAGAGGCUGUUGCCAUGUAUACCGAGGGAGAAAGGUACAGACUUGCCUUUCUGAGCGAGGAGGAGAGUUGGGAAUUGUUCUGCGCGAAGGUGUUUCCCAGCGGCGAGGGGUGCCCCCCAGAGCUGGAGGAGGUGGGGAAGGAGAUGGUGAGAAGAUGCCGCGGCCUGACCCUGGCGGUCCUUGUCCUCGGCGGCCUGCUGAUCGAGAGGAGAGGAGAAGAUACGAGUGGGAGGUUAUUUGCCAGCGUCUUACCCAGGAACUGAGCACAGAAAGGGACGAGAUGAUCAAGAACAUAAUAGCUUUAAGCUAUGAUGAUCUGAGCGACGACCUGAAGAUAUGCUUCCUUUACAUAGGGUUCUUCCCCGAGGACAUGGAGAUCGACGCCACCAAGCUGGUCCAACUGUGGGUUGCAGAAGGGUUCAUCGAGCAGGCAUCGGGGCUCACCUUGGAAGAAACAGCGGAGCAGCACCUCGAGAAGCUCGUAAACAGGUCCGUUCUUCAGGUGGGGUACAGAGAUUCCUUGGGGCGGGUCCUCACAUGCAGGAUCCACGAUCUUUUCCUCGAUCUCGCGAGGGAUGAAGGAGGGAAGAAUCAGUUCCUCGACAUCCACGAGGGGCAGCGCCUCCAGCAAAGCCGUCUCCACAAGCAAACCCGUCGCCGAGCAGGCCAUCUCCUCCGGGAGGGAUUCUAGCAACGGGCACUUGCCGAUGGUAAAAGUUGUUACCUUAGAGAAAGUUCAAGACCAUAUUUCUUUAGGAAAGCUUUGAUUGAGGAUAUUUUCCAUACCAUUACUUCACAAGGAGGAGAAGAGGGUGCAUAUAGACUUUAACUUCGUUUAUCUUUUAAUCUAUGAGAUGCAUAUAGCAUCUACACAACAUAAAAGAUAUUUCACACAAUUUUAUAGUGGUUAGAUGACCUAAUAUACUCUAUUCUCAAUUACUACAUAUGUUACAUCCUUAGGUCCUACUAGAUGUUUAGUGAAGUAGACAGUAUACUACAUUUAAUCAUUUUUCACUAUCGUGGUUACAUUAAAUCCGUGCCUGUUCGUGAACCUGGUUCCGAUCGGCCCGAACAGCCCAUUUCCGCCAGGCCAAAACCAGCUUGGCCGCAUCGUCUGAGCCUGACCGCUUCGCCAGUCUGAACCAUUCCGGACCGCCGUCCCCACACCAGGCUGCCCCACCUGGUCCCCACUAGUCCACCUACUCAAUCAGAUCGACCCGGUCUACGGUCAACGACUCCGCUCCAGACGUCGGGAUUGAUAUCUGGGUUCCCCUUUCUUCCAUCACCAAGUACCUCCCAUCUCUACUUCAUCUCGGAACCCAUCAUUUUCUUCUCCCAUCGUUCAUCCAAUCUGAUUUCCAUGACAGCAACUGCUAACAGAGCAAGAAUCUCGAGCUUGAGCCCCAUCAAAUGAUUUCUUGCCCUGUAGGUAAUGGAUAAUCCAAUCAUCAGCUUGAUCCUGAAGAGACUGGACGAGGUGCUCUCCCUAGAAAAUCAACCUGCUAACUGAAGUCAAGCCGCAGGUUGAAUCCCUGCAAAGAGAACUCAGGUUCAUGAACACAUACCUGGCAGAUAUUGAGAGAUCUUGGCAGAUUUUGGCAGAGGUAAUGGUCCCGCAGCUGAGAGAAGUGGCCUUUGAAGCUGAGGACAUCAUCAAUGAUUUCAGUCUCAUGAUCAACCAGAAGAAACACAGCGGCUUCAGAGGCUUCUUGGUGAGCUUCCUCAUCUGUGUGGGCAAACGCUCUGCUUGUCACAAAUUGGGUACCUGCAUUGAAGAUUCCAGGAGGAGAUUCCACAAGAUUUAUGACCAGAUGAAGGUCUUUGAAGGAAGAAUCAUACCAGUAGAUGAAUCUGCCUACUUUGCCUAUAUGUGGGAUUUGUGGAGGCCGAGCGAUCCAUUAUUGAGCAGCUGUUGAAUGAGGAAGGCAAGCCUACAAUCAUAUCCAUGGUGGGAAUGAGAGGAAUAAGGAAGACCACCAUCACUAGGAAGAUCUACAUCAGCUAUGCAGUCAAGUGUCAUUUUCAGUGCAGAGUUUGGGUCACUAUUAGCCAUAAAUUCAUGCCCAUUGAACUUCUAAGGAGUAUCUUAGAUUGUGUCCCAGGGGAAGGGAUGAAGGAGUCUAGGAAAUUGAAAGACAUGCAGCUGGUGAAGAAGCUCAGAGCCUCCCUAGAUAAGGUGAGGUAAUUAGUGGUUAUUGAUAAUAUUUGGGAGAAGGGGGCCUAGGGUCUCAUAAAGUUUGCUCUGUUGGCCUCACAAUCAAGUUCAUAGAAGAAGAAAUAAUAGAUCUAACUAUAGAUAACAAAGACAUAAUCGUGGAAACAACCAACAUUAAAAAUAAAAUUAUACAAUGUCAUUUUUGUAAGAAAUAUAGACAUAUUGAAGCAUAUUGUUAGGACUAGGUAAAACAACAAGAAAAUAUUGGAGAAGAAAGUUCUAAGCCAAUGUGUAAUUUUUGCAAAAAGUAUAUAUAUGUUAAAGUAAAUUUCUGGGAUAAAAAAAUAGAACAAGUAAAUAUUGUUGAAGAAAAUAAUCAAAAUAAUUUAUUCUUUACUUUUGCAUCUUCAAGUAUAAGUAAACCAAACAUUAGGUGUGUUAAUAGUAGUUGUAACAGUCAUAUGACAAGAGAAAGAGAAUUAUUUCAAAAUAUUAAUACAUCUAUGGUAUGUGAUGUUAAAAUUAGUGAUGAAAAUAGUGUGAAAAUUGAAGGCAUUAAUGCUAUUAUUAUUCAUACAAAAUUAGGUGCAAAUACCUUGAUUAUUUUGUUCUAAAAUUAGCACACAAUUCUCUAUCAUCCUAGAGUGAAAGGGAUGAUCUUGUAGUUCUUGGUCUAUGAAGAUGUGUUGUUAAGUGUUCCAUUUUCCCAUUGAGGCCGAAUCUAAACUUGUGUUCGAGAGAUAGUUGUCCUUAGUGUGGGUCAAUUGUUAGAAUGUGAUUAUAUUGUUCAUUUUGAAGAUGAUAGAUGUGUUAUCAAGUAGUAUGUCUCCUAUGGUGAUUCUUAAAGUUAGAAAAAUGAUGUUUCAUUUUGAUAUUUCAAGACAUUGAAUUUAACAUGAUUAGUAAAUAUAAUAAUUCAUCUUCACUUUGACAAUUACAAUAUAGUCAUUUGCAUUUUAAUAUGUUGAAGUUAAUUAUAUCACAAAUAUAUAAUUUUUGGCUUACCAUCUAUUUCAACAAAUAAUGAAGUGUGGUAAGGAUGUGUUGAUGACAAACAACAUUGAUUAUCAUUCUAAUAAUAAAUCUUAGAGAGCAAGAUUUAUCUUUGAAUUAUUGCAUGUUGGUGUCAUCUAAUGAGGGCACCAUCUUUGAAUGAUAAUUGAUAUUUUCUAUUGAUUUGAUGAUUUUACAUGCAUGAGUUGAGUAUAUUUUCUUUCUCAAAAAUGUGAUGCAUUUAAGAAAUUUAUUUAGUUCAAAGCUUUUGCUGAAAAAUCAAGUGGAACCUUUCAAAUAUAUAGAGGGGAAGAAUUUAUAUCUUUUGAAUUUGAGUUAUUUCUAAGAAACAUAUCAUUAGAAGGCACCUCACAAUUAGAAAAACUUUGGAGUAAAAUGAUAUUGGUGAAAGAAAAAAUAAAAUUGUACAUAUGGCUAAAAGAAUGCUUAAUGAGAAACAUAUUCUAAAUGAUUUUGGGUUAAAGUAGUUGCAACAUCUAUUUAUCUUUUGAAUAUUUCUCCUACUAAAUUAGGUUUGAAUGUAUCCUUAUGAUAUGUGGUAACAACAGAAACCAAAUGUUGGUCAUUUAAAAAUAUUUGGUUAUAUUUCAUAUGUAUUAAUUAAUUCUGAAAAUUGUGGAAAAAUGAACAAAAAGAGUGAGAAAUGUAUUUUUCUUGGCUAUAGUAAUGAAAGUAAGGGUUAUCAUUUAUAUAAUCUUGAAACACAAAAAUUAUUGAUUCGUCAUGAUGCUGUAUUUGAUGAAUAGAACUAUUGAAAUUAGAGUAAAAAUAAAAAUUUUCAAAUAUCUUAUUAUGAAAUAGGUCAAGAAUUUAUGUAAUUCAGUGAAGAUUUAAUGGUUGAAGCUCCUACAUCAUCUAGCUCACCUUGGAGAGAGUCUUCAAGAAACUCUGAUUUUCAUAGCCACAAUAACUCAAGUCUAGAUUCAUCACAUCCUCCAAGAAAAAUGAGAUCAUUAAGUAACAUUUAUGAAUCAUAUGUUUUUGCUCUUAUGGUUAUAGAGCCAACAAGUUAUGAGGAGGCACAAAGUAAAAGCUAAAUGGAAGAAGGCUAUGAAAGAAGAAAUUACAACAAUUGAGAAGAAUGACACAUGAGUUAAUGAACUUCUUGUGAAAGACUAAAGUCAUUGGUGUCAAAUAGGUUUAUAAGGUGAAGUAUAAACAUGAUGGUAAUGUUAAAAAAUAAAAGACAAGGUUAACGGUGAAGAGAUAUAAACAAUAAUGAAGUAUUGAUUACUUUGAAACUUUUUCUAUAGUUACAAGAUUUGAAAUAUUUCAUAUUAUUUUGGCUUUGACAGCACAAAUGAAAUAAAAAAUAUUUAAAUUUGAUGUUAAAUCAACAUUUUUAAAUACUUAUUUGAAUGAAGAUGUGUAUGUUGAAUAACCCUAAGGUUUUUUUAUUAGUGGGAGAGAGAAUAAAGUUCAUAAAUUGAAGUAGUCACUAUAUAGUCUUAAACAAACACUUUGAACAUAGUAUAAUAGACUUGAUUCAUAUUUUCAUAAGUAUAAUUUUCAUCAAAGUGAUAAUGAGUCAAUACACUAUGUCAAGAUUGAAGGAUAAGAUUGAUUGUAUGUGUUUAUAUUGAUGAUAUUACCUAUAUUGGAUCAUCUUUGUCAUUAAUUUCAUAAUUCAAAACUUCUAUGAUGGAUGAAUUUGAUAUGAUUAAUUUGGGACUGCUUCAUUAUUUUCUUGGACUUCAAAUUAUCUAAAAUGAUUAUGAUAUAUUUAUUUUACAAGAGAAGUAUGCAUCUGAUUUGCUAAAGAAGUCUAAUAUGUUUAAUUACAAGACUUAUUCUACUCUUACAAAUACUAAUGACAAAUUAUGUCUUGAUGAUGAAACUGUAAAAUAAUUUAACAUUUUUAUAGAAGUUUGGUUGGUGAAUUAAUGUAUUUGGCUCAUAAAAAAACUAGAUAUAUUAUUUUUAGUUAGCAUGAUUUUGAGAUUCAUUCAUUAUUCAUUGAUUCAUCAUCUUGGAGUAGCAAAGCAUAUACUUCAACAUGUUUGAGACACUUUAAAUUAUGAAAUUUUAUAUCAACAUGAUUGUGAAGUUAAAUUUUAUAAUUAUUCUUAUUGUGAUUGGAUAUGUUCUAUUGAUGAUAGAAAAAGUACAGGUAGUUUUGUUUUUAGUUUUAGUUUAUAUAUAACUUCAUGGACUUCAAAAAAGUAAGAAUAUACAAUAUUAUCAUCAUCAGAAGUUCAAUAUAUUGAUGCAUCAAUGAUUGCACAGUAAGCAAUAUGAAAUGUGGAUAAUCUUAGAAGAUGUCAAUUGACCACAAUCAACACCAAUGGUUAUAUAUUGCGAAAACAUUUCAACUAUAUCAAUUACAAAUAAUCUAGUAUUUCAUGGAAUAAUGAAACAUAUUGAAAUUCGUCAUCAUUUUAUUUAAUAUUUGGUUGUAAAUUUUAUUGAAGUGAAGUUUUGCUUAACAUUGGAUCAAGUUGCAUAUGGUUUUCAAAGGCAUUGAGUUAUACUAAGUUCGUCAAAUUUAGAGAAGCUCUUGGUGCUAGAUGUUUUUGCAUCAAGGGGGAGUGUUAGUAGUUAAUGUAAAAACUUAGAGAUGCCGUACUAUUUUUUAUCUUUAUUAGGCUUAGUAUUUUAUCUUUAUUGGGCUCAAAAGACGAUCUAUUUUGUUUUUAGUGGGCCAAAGGGUGGUGGCCGACAUAGGGCAUUUAUGUAGGAUAUAAAUACUCUCUUUCUCUCUCCUCACGGCUGUUAUUCAAUGGUCUUUUUCUGUGUGAAAUUCCUCUUCUCCUCUCCUCUUCUCUCCCAAAAUCCAUAUUUUCUCCUAGAAAAUUGUAUCAUUUGUUUUUACACAUGGUCCGUCUGGCCUUCUUGGGCCACAGGCGCACCAAGCUUGUCAGCCUCCCGUCCUCCAUUGACAAGCUCGGCAAGCUGCAGACACUCGGUAUUAGGAAUGUUUUCAGGAUCACUCUCCCACAGGGUGUCUAGAGGAUGAAGACUCUGAGGCACCUGUCCGCUGAUCGUUCCCAACCACAGGCCUCCUCCUUCGGAACCCUAACAGAGUUGCAAACGCUUCACAAAGCGUUUGCCGGCACGUGA